GUCGUCGCUGAAAUCGAGCGGGUUAGUUGACUUGUAAACAUGUCUUCGCCCUGUUGGGUUGUGCUCUUAGCUUGCGGUUCGUAUAAUCCUAUAACGAAUAUGCAUCUUAGAAUGUUUGAAUUAGCCAGAGAUUUUCUGCAUAGCACUGGUAGAUUCAAAGUAGUUGGAGGAAUUAUUUCACCUGUAAAUGAUGGUUAUAAGAAAGCUGGAUUGGUUGAAUCUAAACAUAGAUGUGCAAUGAUAAAUUUAGCUCUUAAGUCAAGUGAUUGGAUCAAAUUGGACACUUGGGAAAGUGAACAAGAUAGCUGGGUUGAAACUGUAAAAGUUUUGGCACAUCAUCAGGAGAAAUUAAAUUCUAGAGAUGCUAAUGAUAAUACUAUCAAUUUCAGAAAAAGACAGAGAUUAGAUUUGGAUAAUGCAAAUGUUAAUGGAUUAACUCUAAAUAACUGUUUUUGUAAUGAUAACAAUCCUAUUCAAGUGAAAUUACUUUGUGGAGCAGACUUACUUGAAUCCUUUGGGAAUUCCAAUGUUUGGAAAGAAAGUGAUGUUGCUGAAAUUGUUGAAAAGUACGGUCUUGUAAUUAUAACCAGAGAAGGAACCAAUCCUCAUCGAUUUAUUUACGAAUCUGAUAUUCUUUCUAAAUAUCAAAGAAAUAUCCAUAUUGUAACUGAGUGGAUAACGAAUGAAAUAAGUUCAACACGUAUCAGAAGAGCUAUCAGGAGAGGAGAAAGUGUAAAGUAUUUGAUACAAGAUGAUAUAAUCAAAUACAUUCAUGAACAUAAUUUAUAUAAAACCUCUGAUAAGUAUGUUUCUUUCAUAUUUUGCAGAUGUUAAUCAUUUAAAUAUUUUAAUAUCUAUUUUAUAUCUACAUAAUCUAUUUCUACUAAGUUAUAAUCAAAACUGCAACUGCCUUUGUAGACUACAUUCAAGCACAUUUUUUUGUAGAUGUUUUAUUAGAUUAAAAAAAAGAGAAUUUUUAGAUGAAUUUAUUGAA